AUGGGUCUCUAACAAUUAAACGUCAGCCUCGCAGACCCGUGGGGAUAGCUUCAAUACUUUAAGAUACAUUCACAUCCAUGUCUACGAUUCGUUGUUAUGCGGAUACGUAUGCAUCUCAUGCGGCUUGAACCUACUAAAUCAUCAAGGCUAUCUACGAACUAAGUGGCGAACAUCUAAACAUACCAUCCUCACCGCAAUUCUUCACCCAUAUCGAAACGGUGCUACCGACUUAUACGAACCGAUCCCCUUACGAUUAACUAAACGCAGUUUUCUUAUUCGAGCCAACAGGCGCUUCUCUACGCUGGAAAACACCGACCAUCCAUCGACCUAUACACAAUGGCCUUCCUUAUACUCGUAAUCGGGGAUCUCCACAUUCCCGAUCGCGCUCUCGACAUACCACAAAAGUUCAAGAAGCUCCUUUCACCGGGUAAAAUUGGACAGACGCUAUGCCUAGGCAACUUAACGGACAAGCACACCUACGAGUAUCUCCGAUCUGUCGCCCCGGACCUUAAGAUCGUCAAGGGACGGUUUGACGUAGAAGCGACAUCAUUACCAUUAUCGCAAGUCGUAACACACGGUUCUUUGCGCAUCGGUUUCGUCGAAGGCUUCACCUUAGUAUCCACCGAACCCGAUCUUCUGCUCGCCGAGGCCAACAAACUGGAUGUCGAUGUUCUAUGCUGGGGCGGUACUCACCGAUUCGAUGCUUUCGAGUAUAUGGACAAAUUCUUUGUGAACCCGGGUAGCGCUACCGGUGCUUAUACCACGGGAUGGACUAAUGAAGGAGAGGAUAUGGUGCCCAGUUUUUGCUUGAUGGAUGUCCAAGGAAUAUCACUUACACUAUACGUCUACCAACUAAGAAAAGACGAAAACGGGGUAGAAAACGUCGCCGUGGAGAAGGUGACAUACACAAAACCUGUAGAGCCUACAGGAGGAUCAUCCUAAUCUUUAGAAAGAGGGAACAUCUAGAUCACCGAGUUUACCAAGCGUCCGCUGAUUAAUCAGAUAGUUGUAUUUCACUCCCACAACGGGUAGAAGCAGGCUUCCUUCUAGCCCUGACUACCUAAUGAUACAAUCUUCAAUGCAACGAAUGAAAGAACUUUAAUCGUAUCCUGGAUACACCGAGGAAG